AUGACUUCAAAUGGAAACUUAGAGGAAAAACUUCCUCAAAGAAUAACACCUUUAACAAUUGAAGAGCUAAAACUAUUUCCACUACCAAAGCAAUUGAAUUCACUACCGAACAAAUCAUUUGAACAAUUUAUAGAAAAUAGAGACUUGAUAAUAGACUACAUGCAAGGUCUUGAAACUUAUCAACAGAAAGUUAAUGAAAUUAGACAGAAUCUUGAAUUUAUAGUAGACAAUAUACUUUUGCAAAAAGUCAAGAUAGAAUCGAUUCCAAAAUAUCAAAAAUUAAUUCACAAGAUAAAUAAUCAAAUCAAGACUUUGAAUCAAUUAUAUAAUGAAUUCUUAAAUCUAGAAACCAUUCAAUAUCAAUUAAUAUCUUCAAAUUUUAAUCUAGAAACUUUAAAAAUAAAAUUCAAAAAAUUGAUUGAACAAAAUAAUCAACAAAGUUUGGAGAUUGUUAAAGAAUAUAAUAAAAAUAAAGGUCAUAAUGAAAACGAUAACGAUGAGCUUAAUGAAAUGUUAAUUAAUUUUAGAACAUCUAGAAAACAAUAUCACUUUAGGAAAGAGAAAUUGAAUAGAUGGGAAGAAGAAAGAGUAAGUGGGUUUAUAUAA